AUGCCACAAAAUAAAGCAAAGAACAUCGAAAAGAAUGAAAAUAACAGCAUCCGUGCUUUAAUUGUUGUGAGAACGGUUUUGUGGCCGUUGUUGAUAUGUUUGGUAUGCGUGUGGCAAUUACUUGAUAGGGACUCGAUUCAAGAACGUAAAUUCAUACUACCCAUUAUAGCUGUGUUGGUUUUAGUUGCUACAUUGGAAAUUUAUAACAGUUUUAUUAAUGAUGAUUGGCUCUGCAUUUGUAUGAAUGUUGCAGCAAUCAUCUGGUACGUACAUAUUUUAUUGAAAUUUAUAUUUAAGAAACUAAAUCAGGAUAAGGAUGAUAACGAUCUCUCAUUUAUUUUAAUUUUAGUCGAAAAUAUAAUCCGGUUAAUGACUUCAAGCAUGCAGGCCACUAAUAAUUUUCAAAUCAUAACUAAUAUUGCCAUUAUAAUUAUAUAUUGCCGUUUAAUGUUUAUGAUUGUUAAAUUCAUCCCGGACGCCCUAGAGCAAGAAAGAAAUAAUGCCUAUCCCAAUCCAUAUUAUGGCUAA